AUGGAGCGGGGCGAGCGCCGGCCCCUGCUGCCGGCGGCGGCGGGGCGCAGCGCUGGGCUCUCCUCCGCCGGCGCCGUUUUCAUCAUGCUGAAAUCAGCGCUGGGCGCGGGGCUGCUGAGCUUCCCCUGGGCCUUCGGCAGGGCCGGCGGGGCCGUCCCCGCCCUCCUGGUGGAGCUGGGCUCGCUGGUCUUCCUGGUGAGCGGGCUGGCGGUGCUGGGCUACGCUGCGGCGCUCAGCACCCAGCCCACCUACCAGGGGGUCGUCCGGGCAGUGUGCGGGGCGGCGGUGGGGAAGCUCUGCGAGGUUUGCUUCCUCCUCAACCUCUUCAUGAUCUCCGUGGCCCUCCUGAGGGUGGUGGGUGACCAGCUGGAGAAGUUGUGUGACUCCCUGUACCCCAACGGGACGCUGAGUGAGACUCCCUCGGCUCCCCCCUGGUACGUGGACCAGCGCUUCACCCUCUCGGCUCUCUGCGUCCUUGUCAUCUUCCCGCUCUCUGUCCCCAGGGAGAUUGGCUUCCAGAAGUACUCCAGCAUCCUGGGCACGCUGGCCGCCUGCUACCUCACAGUGGUUAUCAUCCUGAAGUACUACCUGCAGGACAAGACCUUGGGCUCCUCUGAGCCUUCCCAGACCUCCAGCGUCUCCUCCUGGGCCUCCAUCUUCAGUGUCAUCCCCACCAUCUGCUUUGGCUUCCAGUGCCACGAGGCCUGUGUGGCCAUCUACAGCAGCAUGCACAACCAGAGCUUCUCCCACUGGGUCGCCGUCUCGGUGCUCUCCAUGCUCAUCUGCCUGCUCAUCUACUCCCUCACCGGGCUCUACGGCUACCUGACCUUCGGCAAGGCCGUGGCCUCUGACGUGCUGAUGUCCUACCCGGGGAACGACCCGGCUGUCAUCGUCGCCCGCCUGCUCUUUGGCGUCUCCGUUGUCACCAUCUACCCCAUCGUGGUGCUGCUGGGCAGGUCGGUGGUGCGGGACGCCUGGGCACCCCCCAAGCGCAGAGCCAGGACGGCGCCCGCGGCGGGGGAGCGGUGGAGCAGGGUGGCCCUGACGGUGGCCUGGAUGGGCACCACCCUCAUCAUCGCCCUCUUCGUCCCGGACAUCGGCAAGGUCAUCGAGCUCAUCGGGGGCAUCAGCGCCGCCUUCAUCUUCAUCUUCCCGGCAGGGCUGUGCCUGGUGUGCAUGACCGGGACCUGCACCCUGGGGCCACGCAAAAGGGCUGCUCUCGUCGCCUGGGGAGUGCUCUCGGUGCUCGUCGGUGCCUUCGUCUGCGGGCAGAGUGCUGCCCUGGCCGUGCUGGGGCUGCUGCGCUGA